AUGCGAUGCGAUGCGAUUUGCAACUUUGAUAUCAUGGACAGCGAUUUAGACGAGGUCGAUGCGUUCAAUUCGAACCGGGAAAAGAUCUUCUUGGACGGUGCUGGCGAGUACGGUCAAGAAAACGAGGUCCUGGACUUCUCAGAUGAGGAAGUGAUGGAAAUAAACGAGAAUGAAGACGGCGAUGACGAUGAGCAAAAUGACGUUUCUGAUGACGACGACGCUCUUUUGGACGACGAGGGCGCUCCAGAGGACGAGGAGAACGACCACGGCUGGGGUGGGCGCCAGGACUAUUACGGCGGAGAAGACGACGACGCCAAUGAUGAAAUGGCAGAAGAGGCCCGGCGACAGCAGAAGAAGCACCUUGAAGAAUUGGCUAUGGACGAUUAUGUUGAUGACGAUAUGAUGGAGGACUGGAAGAAGGUUGCCACCACCGAGGAGGAGCAGCAAAAAGUGUCAAUUAAUGCAAAUGUUGGUGGUUCUUUAGAUUCAUUGACACCGGAAGAGCAGCGAAAAUUAUUGUUACAGUCGUAUCCUGAGUUUGUACCUUUGUUGCAGGAGAUGGUGAAGCUCCAGCCCACUCUAGUGACCGUGGAGAGGCUCCAGAGUCGUUCUGGUGUGGCCAAGGCUACGGCUUUGCGAGCUUACCUUGGAUGUCUUUCUUCGUACUUUGCGUUGUUCAUGGAAAAGUUGAGGCUGAAUGAGGUAUUUUCGAUGAAAGACGAACCAAUAAUGGAAAACAUAUUGGGGUGCCGUGAAAUAUGGAGACAGGCCAACGAGCUUGCGGAAAAUAACGAAGAUGAGAAAGAAUUCUCAACCGAAAUAUCACCAAACUCUCCACAAAUUUCCCAAAUCUCACCUAAUUCUCCACAAAGUUCACCAGAUUCACCACAAGUAUCACCAGAUUCUUCUCUGGGCUCCGACUCGGAAUCAGACUUUGUGGAUGCCCACGAGCAUCUUCCGCUCCGCAUCGAUAUCAAUUCUCGUCGUAAUCUCGCACCGUCGCAAUCGGCUGCAAAUGACGAUUUUACUGAAAUCACCGAUGCCGUGGAUAUGGAAGACAAACAGCGCCGGAAGCGCACUUUGCGGUUCUACACCUCCAAGAUCGACCAGGCAGCCGCCAAGGCGAAUCACGAAAGAUUUACUGGUGAUAUUGAUGUACCAUAUAAAGAGAGAUUGUACGAGAGACAACAACGAUUAUUGGAAGAAGCGCGGAAAAGAGGAUUGGAAAAGAAAGAUCUCGGCGAAGAACUCGACGAGCAAGAAUUUGGAUCUGGCGACGAAGCCACAGCGAGAGAAGUCAACGCCAAAGAUGAUGAAUUUUAUGAGAAUGUUGCACAAGAAAAGAAGACCAAAAGGGCGGCCAGAAAAAUGGCCCAUGAAGAGGCAGUUGCGGCUGCCAAGGCUGGAAAGCUCCAGGAGCUCCAGGAGAGUAUGGGCGAGGACGGAAAGCGUGCCAUCAACUACCAAAUCCUCAAGAACAGAGGUCUUACUCCACACAAGAAGAAGGACAAUAGAAAUACCCGAGUCAAAAAGAGAAAGAAGUACGAACAAGCCAAGAAAAAACUCAAGUCUGUUCGCCAAGUGUACGAGGGCAGUCUGGGACCAUACGAGGGCGAAAAGACCGGUAUCAAGAAAGGAUUGUCCAGAUCCGUCAAGUUGGUGUAG